CUCAUUUGGGCCCCCAAGAGGUAACCAUUUUGAUUUUUAUUCUUAGGAUUAAAUCCAUGUCCCCACAUUAAUAAUAUCAACCUCACUAAUGGGCCAGUAGGAACAUAAACUAUGUAUAGUUUGGUAAAUAAGUGUUGUUUGCUACAGAAAUCCGUAGAAGAUGCAUGCUUUUCCAUUUCUAGAAUCGAGUCUCCCUUGGUUAAAAUCAACAGAGUCCCCCGGCUUAUAUAUUAAGGUUGUAUUAUUCACAUAUUCACCCCAUCAUCAAUUUCUUUUUAUUUUCAAAUCCCUCACACUUUACUCGAGCCAUGGCGUUUGGUAUGAAUACAGCAAUUUUACUCUUUACGAUGGCGCUUUUUGGAGUCUCAAUGGGGGCCGUGCACCAGGUCGGAGACUUUGGUGGAUGGAACAUUGUUGCUCCAGUUGAUUACCAAAAGUGGGCUGCAACCAGGAACUUCCAUGUUGGCGACAUUGUUGUUUUCAAGUACAAGAAGCUGCUCCACAACGUGCUCCGUGUGACACACCAGAACUUCAAGUCAUGCAACGCAACAUUUCCGAUUGCAGUCUACUCCUCGGGUUCUGACACCAUCGAACUCACAAGGCCCGGCCACUUCUUCUUCAUCUGCGGUCUUCCUGGCCACUGUCUAAGCGGGCAAAAGCUUCACAUUGAGGUGGCUCACGGCCAGGAAUACCUUCAACCUUUUGCUUCCGGUGUUAAUCACUUACCACAGUCAGGCUCAGAGUUUGAUCAGGCGUUGGCACCCAGUCCAGAGAGCAUAGAACCGAUCCCAGGCCCAGCUCAGAGCAGUUCUCCAUCUCUCAAAUUGUUCAACGUCUGGGCCGCUCUGGCAGUCCUUGCAUGUGGAUUAGGUGUUACUGGCAUCGUUUACUAG